UCGCUAUGGCCUCGCGGGUCCAUUGGGCGCGUAGAACGCGACGGCCCAAACCCGCUUUUCCUUAAUUCCUUCUCGCCCCAGCUGAUCGGGGUUGAGCCCAGUUUACAUCCACGGCGUGUUGGCGAUGGCAUCACGGGCUCCUCCCCCCAGCUGGCUGUGGGCACCGAGGCUUCAGCCCGGGGUGGGACUCGUGGAGCGUAGAUUCCGCUUCCGGUGUGUAUUGUGUGUAUCUUUCGGGGGCUGGAGGAGGAGGCAGUGGCCUCGGCGGCUCCGGUCCCCCGGACCCCCGGAUCUGGACCUGGGGGAGGGCUGGGUGGUCCUUCCCUUUUCCCAUCCUAAUGCCCUGUUCAAUCUUGGCUCCUAAGCUACAGAGACUACAACUCUUCCCCAGGCCUUCCUGAAAAGAAGCAGGCUGGCCUCCAUCCUCAUCCCAAUUCAAGUCCUGUGAAAGAGUGGGGGAUGAAUGACCCCUGAGGAGGUGUAUGAAAAAAUUGGUGAGGAAUAGGCCUAGAAGAAAGAUGAAGAGCAACUCUAGGAGAGAAGAAUGAUUGGGACAAGUUGGAGGAUGGGGAAAAAUAGUAGCUACAGAACAUGGCAUUGUAAAUGAAACUUGAAGGAAGCCAGGAGGAGAGCAUCCAGGUGGACAGCCAGUGAAAAAAUUCAGAGUCAGAAGAUGGAGUGUCGUGGAGGAACUACAAGGGAGCUGGUAUGUCCUUGGAUCGUAGGGUAUAUGGAGGGGAAUAAAAUAUAAGACAACUAGAAAGGUAAAAAGGGCCCAAGUUAUAUGAAGGGCUUACCCAACAGAGGAUUUUAUAAUUUUACCUUGGAGCUACUAGAGUUUAUUGAAUGGGGGGAGAAGGGCGGUGAGAUGGGUCAGACUUGAAUUUUAUAGGAAGUUCAUUUUUACAGGUGAGUAGAAGAUGGCCUGGAGUAGGGAGAGACUUGAGGCUGGAAGACCAACCAGCAGUCUGUUUAAUAGUCCAGAUGUGAGGGGAUGAGGCCCACACCGAGGUGGUGGCAUUUUCAGAGGAGUGAAGAAGGCAUAGCAAUAAGGGCCUAUUGGGUGGGGGCAGUGGGGCUAAAGAAAGGGCAAAUAGCAAAGCUAUUUCAGAAGAAAAAUGACAAGACUUGGUAACUUUAUGAAUGAGGAGUGAAGGAAGAGAGGAGAGUCAAAAAUAACAAGGAGGUUUCCGUUUUGGGAACUAAGUCAUAAUGUAAUAGUGAACUUCAAUCAAUAAUCUAAUUAACAGGAAUUUUGCUUGGCUAUAAAGUUGAGAAGGGCGUUGGAGGGAUGAUUUUUGACAGACAAGCUUCAGUGGCUUCCAACCUUUCCUAGUAUUCCGAUGAAGCUUUCAUUUUAAGGGGGGGAAAAUUCUAGAAUCUUAAUAAGAUGACAAUUGUACUAUUAUCUAUUGAUUGAGAACAUAAGGAUGCUACGAAUUUAUUAACACUUUAAAAUGAAUUUGUAUUUUAUCCAUCCACAUAGAUUUGAAAAUAAAUGCAUAAUAUAUUGAGCCUCCAGAAGGUAUGUUUGCUUACUUAUUAUACUAAGUCAUGUAAUGAAAUAUGGAUCAUUUGCCUUAGCUCUGCUCUACAGGUUGGAACCCACUGCUUGAAAUAAGUGUCUGUGUAAUAAGCAGAGGUAUCCCAUACCUUAGAGUUGACUACUUUUCUUAGUUAUGUUGAUUGGUUGGAUUCAAAUUGAUGCACUUUGGUAAUUUAUCAGCUGACUUGAGGAGGGGAUAGAAUUUUGUAAAGGAGUGUUAAUAAACAGGAACUUGUGAAAGGGUGGGAAGACGGGGAGCAUACUCAGAGUAAUAAACCUUAAUAAUUUGCUAUCAGAAUGGUGCUCACUUGGAAUACCAUCAAAAUUACUAGGCCUGGUCAAGUUUCAUUUUUAAAAGUAUUGUGCGAACAUCCUAGUGAACAGAAUGAGGUAUGUUUAUUAAGUGGAACUGUGUUAUCCAAAGCAAAGAUAGCCCUUUUAGUCAGUUUUAUGUCGCUGCAGGAUCACUUACAUGAACUCAGGCAAGUCAUUUAACACCUGCACUUCACUUUCCUGAUCUGUAAAUGAGGGAAUUAGACUAGAUGUUCUCUACAGGCCCCUUCCAACUCUAAAAAUAUAUGAUCCUAUUUGCUAUGUUUCAUUUUGGGAUAACUUAAAUGCAAAGGUGUGGGAUAUGAGAUAAUUAUCGUACCUUGUCUUUUGUGCAGUGCUUUAUGUUUUCCGAAGUACCUGCUAUAUCUGCAUGGGACCUGUGUCAGACUAGGAAUAUGUGGAAAGAGUAGCUAGCCACUUGAUUUUCUUCAAAAAGAUUUUUUACCACAUUUUUUUUUACAGGACUAUUUUAUUUAGAUACAGUGUAUACUAAUACUUUGCAUUUGUGUAAUGUUUAUUUAUAGUCUUUCAGUAUGCAGACCAUUGUGCUGGGGAUGUCUAUAUGUCCUGCAUACCUCACGGAGAAUCAAAGGAGAAAAGUUCUAUGAAAGCAGGGGACUAUCUUAUCUAAACUCUGUAUCCCUUCUACUGCCCAGCACAGUGGGAUGUAGAGGUGGGAGGAGAAUGGGGAUCUAUAGAAGAACCCAAGAACAGAAGAGGGAAUGUGCCAAAGAAACAGAGCAGGAAAACAUAAUACAAGGUACAGAGCUUGAGAGCAGGGUGAAUGAAAUAAAGACUGUGGUAAAUAUGCUUUCAAAAAGGUAUGGGAUGGAAGGUUUAGGCCAGGGAAAGGUAAUAUAGAAAACACCUGGAUGAGAAUACCUAGUGGCAUCCAGACCUAGGGUUAUACAGGAAUAUUGGGAUCAGGGAUAAGGAUGAGAAUAUUUGUUGGACUAGGGUACCAAGAAUUGAAACUAAAUCCACCUUCUUUCCUUUUCUUCCCUGCUAUAAGGUGAAUAAUGGCAGAAACAGGCCUGAUUGAGGCAGGGGCCUCAGCGGCCUCAGCAGCUACAGCCCUGGAGAACUUACAGGUAGAGGCAAGCUGUUCAGUGUGCCUGGAGUACCUGAAGGAGCCUGUUAUCAUUGAAUGUGGGCACAAUUUCUGCCGGGCUUGCAUUACCCGUUGGUGGGAGGAACUGGAAAGAGACUUCCCCUGCCCUGUUUGCCGCAAGACAUCACGUUAUCGUAGUCUCCGGCCCAAUAGGCAACUGGGCAACAUGGUGGAAAUCGCCAAACAGCUACAAGCUGUCAAGCGGAAGACCCGAGAUGAGAGUCUCUGCCCCCAGCACCAUGAAGCCCUUAACCUCUUUUGCUGUGAGGACCAGGAACCCGUGUGCUUGGUGUGCGAGAUCUCCCACGCCCACCGGGCUCACACCAUCGUGCCACUGGAUGACGCUGCACAGGAGUACAAGGAGAAGCUGCAAAAAUGUCUGGAGCCUCUGGAGCAGAAACUGCAGGAGAUCACCCAGUGCAAGUCAUCUGAAGAGAAGAAACCUGGAGAACUCAAGCGUCGAGUGGAGAGUAGGCGACAGCAAAUUGCAGGGGAGUUUGAGGAAUUACAUCGAAGGCUAGAAGAAGAGCAGCAGCUUCUACUGUCUCGACUGGAGGAGGAGGAGCAAGACAUCCUGCAGAGGCUUCGGGAAAAUGCUGCCCAGCUUGGGGAGCAACGUCGAGACCUUGCCCGCCUCGCUGCUGAGAUAGAGGGCAAGUGCCUACAGUCAGGUUUCGAGAUGCUCAAGGAUGUCAAAAGCACACUGGAAAAAUGUGAGAAGGUGAAGACCAUGGAGGUGACCUCGGUCUCCAUUGAGCUGGAAAAGAACUUCAGCAGCUUUCCCCGACAGUACUUUGCCCUAAGGAAGAUCCUUAAACAGCUGAUGGCGGAUGUGAUCCUGGACCCAGAGACAGCUCACCCUAACCUAGUCCUAUCAGAGGACCGAAAAAGUGUCAAGUUUGUGGAAACUCGGCUUCGGGACUUGCCUGAUACACCUCGGCGCUUUACCUUUUACCCCUGUGUCCUGGCCACAGAGGGCUUCACUUCAGGUCGUCACUACUGGGAGGUGGAGGUGGGUGAUAAAACCCACUGGGCAGUAGGUGUGUGCCAGGACUCUGUGAGCAGAAAAGGCGAGCUAACUCCACUGCCUGAGACAGGAUACUGGAGGGUGCGAUUGUGGAAUGGGGACAAAUAUGCAGCCACGACCUCACCUUUCACCCCUCUCUGCAUAAAAGUGAAACCCAAGCGGGUGGGUGUGUUCCUGGACUAUGAGGCUGGCACACUGUCUUUCUACAAUGUCACUGACCGCUCCCACAUCUAUACUUUUACUGAUACCUUCACUGAAAAACUCUGGCCACUCUUCUACCCAGGUAUCCGAGCAGGGCGAAAGAAUGCUGCACCUCUUACCAUCCGGCCUCCUACAGAUUGGGAAUGAUGAUGGGAAGGAACAGGGUGGGAUGUUAAAGUAAUGAUGGUGACAGGGGAGACAGGUAUUUGGAACUGUGUCUCUUAAUCUCCUGUGUCCUGCUGCUAGAGGUUUCCUUGCCAUCGGGCUCAUGUCCUGUAUUCUCCUGGAGAAGGUGAGGUAGUGGGAGGGAAGGUUAUCCUAGGAAAGAGACUGGGCCUGGAAGAGAGAGUCUCAAAGAUCACACACCUGGAGACUGGUCCUUUCCCGUUAUGUGAAGAGGAAUGGGGAGAGGUUUACUGAAGGUGAGGCUGUCUUGGUUGCCUGCACUGUGCUCCACCAGUUUCCUCAUUGCAAGAGGACUUUUAGGGGGCCUCCUUCCCUCCAAAACAGAAGUAGGUGCGGAGAAGCCCGAAGCCUCUGUUCACCCAUUUCAGGUGAGCCCCAGGACAGUUUUGUUCCUUUGAGGGAAGCAGGAUAAUCUCUGUAUCCCUAGAAUGAAAUAAAGGUGAAUUGUCAGUCACAUGGGAAGAAGAGUGUUAAAGUUGGUCUGGGGCAAAGUCGGAAAGAAAAGGGUUUGGAGAGGAGCCAGAGGUUCCAGCCACAGGGAAGAAUAGAAAAUAAGUCUCCUCUUGUUGCCACUUUAUCCUAGCCAGGUGCAGUAGAGAGGAAGAAAAAGCUAUACCUCCUCCAGUUUUCAUGGAGUCAUCCUAUCUCAGGCACUCCGCUGGUGAGGGGUAGAGGCAGAGACAUGUUUGGAGCCCAGAAAUGGCAAACAUUACUCUAGAUGACUCAGGAAUUAUAGAUGGAGAAAGAAUUUUUCCUGCUUCUCCUGGCCUUGAGGGUUUGAAUAGCUGGGACUGGAGUGCAAAGGUAGUGUGAUUGGGGGGGGAAGUUGGGGGGAAGCACUGGAUUUGGGCUCAGGAGACAGCUUCAAAUCCUGGUUCUGUUAUUUAGUGGCUCUAUGAUCUUUGGCCAGCUGGUCAGUUACCCUAUCUGUCAAACGAUGUGGUUGAACUAGAUAAAUAAUCUCUGAGGUC